CGCCCCGGAGUCCGGGCCGCAGCCUGUGCCGCCCGCAGCGGCCCUGAGCCCGGCCCCGCCGCCCGGCUCUCGGAGCCCUCACGCUGCCCGGGACGAAGGCGUAGGAAGCGCGCGGGGAACGAGCCCACAGGAGGGAGCGGGAAGGAGAGCGCGGCCGCCGCCGGGCCCCGUGCGCCCUGGGAGCGCCGCGCGGCCCUGCCCGUGGGCUCCGGGUGUCCGCGGGGCGGCGCCGCGGAACAUGACGGCGCCCUGGGCGGCCCUCGCCCUCCUCUGGGGAUCGCUGUGCGCGGGUUCCGGGCGCAGCGAGGCCGAGACGCGGGAGUGCAUCUACUACAACGCCAACUGGGAGCUGGAGCGCACCAACCAGAGCGGCCUGGAGCGCUGCGAGGGCGAGCAGGACAAGCGGCUGCACUGCUACGCCUCCUGGCGCAACAGCUCGGGCACCAUCGAGCUCGUCAAGAAGGGCUGCUGGCUGGACGACUUCAACUGCUACGACAGGCAGGAGUGUGUGGCCACCGAGGAGAACCCCCAGGUGUACUUCUGCUGCUGUGAAGGCAACUUCUGCAACGAGCGCUUCACCCACCUGCCCGAGGCGGGGGGCCCGGAAGUCACGUACGAGCCACCCCCGACAGCCCCCACCCUGCUCACGGUGCUGGCCUACUCACUGCUGCCCAUCGGGGGCCUCUCCCUCAUCGUCCUGCUGGCCUUCUGGAUGUACCGGCACCGCAAAGCCCCCUACGGCCACGUGGACAUCCACGAGGUGAGGCGCGGGCUCCGGGCAGGGCAGGGUCGAGGUGGCGAGGCCAGGACAGACGCUUUAAGCCCUGAUCUCCCCCAGGACCCUGGACCUCCACCCCCAUCCCCUCUGGUGGGCCUCAAGCCACUGCAGCUGCUGGAGAUCAAGGCUCGGGGGCGCUUUGGCUGUGUGUGGAAGGCACAGCUCAUGAACGACUUCGUGGCUGUCAAGAUCUUUCCACUCCAGGACAAGCAGUCGUGGCAGAGCGAGCGGGAGAUCUUCAGCACGCCCGGCAUGAAGCACGAGAACCUGCUGCAGUUCAUCGCGGCCGAGAAGCGCGGCUCCAACCUGGAGGUGGAGCUGUGGCUCAUCACGGCCUUCCACGACAAGGGCUCCCUCACGGAUUACCUCAAGGGGAACAUCAUCACGUGGAACGAACUGUGUCACGUGGCAGAGACCAUGUCCAGAGGCCUGUCGUACCUGCACGAGGACGUGCCCUGGUGCCGUGGAGAGGGCCACAAGCCGUCUAUCGCCCACAGGGACUUUAAAAGCAAGAAUGUCCUGCUGAAGAACGACCUCACGGCCGUGCUGGCCGACUUCGGCCUGGCUGUCCGGUUUGAGCCGGGGAAACCUCCCGGGGACACCCACGGGCAGGUGGGCACGCGGCGGUACAUGGCCCCCGAGGUGCUCGAGGGGGCCAUCAACUUCCAGCGAGACGCCUUCCUGCGCAUCGACAUGUAUGCCAUGGGGCUGGUGCUGUGGGAGCUCGUCUCCCGCUGCAAGGCCGCCGACGGACCGGUGGACGAGUACAUGCUGCCCUUUGAGGAAGAGAUCGGCCAGCACCCCUCGCUGGAGGAGCUGCAGGAGGUGGUCGUGCACAAGAAGAUGCGGCCCGCCAUUAAGGAUCACUGGCUGAAGCAUCCGGGCCUGGCCCAGCUCUGUGUGACCAUCGAGGAGUGCUGGGACCACGACGCGGAGGCUCGCCUGUCCGCGGGCUGCGUGGAGGAGCGGGUGUCCCUGAUCCGGAGGUCGGUCAAUGGCACUACCUCGGACUGUCUGGUCUCCCUGGUGACCUCCGUCACCAACGUGGACCUGCCCCCUAAGGAGUCGAGCAUCUAAGCCCAGGACGCGAGAGGCUCUCCAGACUCGACGGAUCUGAAGAGGAAAGGAAAGAAAAGAAGUGUUUUGUUCCGCAAGUCCCACACCACCAACAAACACAUAAAAUGCAGCUGCUAUUUUACCUUGACUUUUUAUUAUAAUUAUUAUAAUUAUUAUUAUUAAUGUUAUUUUUGGGAUCGGAUCAGUUCUACCAGCACAUUGCUCUACUGUAUCGCCAACAGCGGCCGCGCCGGCCGCGCCGAGGUGCUGAGCCGUGAGUGCGGAGCCAGCGCCGAGCCCGGAGCCUCGGCCACCCCGUCCCCGGGGUUCGCUUCUCCCGCCUUCUCUGUGUUCGUCGUCUCAGCACCUGUGACACCAAGACCCCAUCUCCUGGGAGUCUUAGGAAACUUAAUGCUGCAAACUCUUCGGAGAGGAACCUUUGAAGACU